AUGAAGGACAUCAUCAUCACGACUUACGAGACUUUGGUGAGCACCGAGGACUUCUUCCAGCGACACCUGUGGUCCGUCCUCGUGCUCGACGAGGCCCACCGAAUCAAGAACCGGAACAGCAAGGUGAGGGAGGUGAUGGACACCGUGCCGUGCGCGGCGCGGUUCCUUCUCACAGGCACCCCUUUGCAGAACAACUUGGGGGAACUCUUCGCGCUGCUGAAGUUCCUUUGGCCGGACAUCAUGGCCAAAGAGUCUGAGGCGCAAGAUCCGAACAGAUGGUUUGUUCGAUCGUGA